CCUGCCAGAGCCCACCCCCAGGGUGAAAGGUGACACCUGAAGCUGUCAGUGUUCCAGAUUGCCCGUGCUCCAGGAAAGCCGUCUGUGCUCUCCAUCAAAUCCCACCCUCGGGCCUCACACUAGAACUUCACUUAAGCAUCAUUUAGCCUGCAAAUCAGAGACAGCCAAGCAGUUAUUCCUUGGGGUCUGAAGCCUCAGCCUCGGAGGGAGACUGACUUUGAAUCCCCCCAACUGCUGUCCACAGCGAAGUUAGGAAUGCAGAAAUGCACAUUCCGAUCCAGUUCAUAAGUGGAGGUGCAAAAUGUCCGAAUAACUGAAGCCAUGAGUUAAGAGACUUUUUGAGAGAAGGAAAUUAGGAGACACUGAAACACAUGCAAUGCACAGGGCAUCCCGCAAUCCACUUCACUCCAGACGGUUCAGUUUCCCCAUCAAUAAAACAGGGGUUGGCCUCCAGGUCCCAGAGUCUUGGAGUCUUACUUGGGCACAGUCUGGGUUGCUGUGAGCUGGCUCUCUGGGUCCUACAUCAACUGUUAAAUGAAAAUAACAAAUAGUUAUCUCCUAAAGGGGUUGUGGGACUGAAUGAAAUAAACGGAAACUGCCAGCACAGAGCAUGCACACGACUGAGCCUGGCUGUUAUUACUGCUUAAAGGGGCCCUAGAUCCUUAGGGUGAUUGGGGCCGCGGGUGAGCGGAGCGCAGCCCGCACCCCGGCCUGGUGGCCUGCCCCGCCCCCGUGGGGCCGCGGUCGGUCGGAUGACUCGGUGCAACGUGUGUGUGGCUGCGGCGCGGGCUCUUCCGGGCGCUGCAGUUUCCUGCCAAGCACCGCGCAGCCGCCUCGGCCGCAGGAGCCCCGGGCACAGGCCUCUGCGCGGGUGCUGGACCCGGGCUCAGCCGCGCACCCUGCUGGGCCCCACGCCACCCGCCCGCACGAUGCGCGCGGCGCCACUGCUGCUGCUGCUGCCACCGCUUCUGCUGCUGCUGCUAGCGCUCCUGGCCGUGCCCGCCGCCCACGCCAGCCGUGUCCAGUCCGCGGCGGCGCCGCAGCCAGAGCACCCGCCGCCUGGCUCGGGGCCUGUGAAUACCACCCGGACCCGGUCUGGGGAGGCGGCGGUGGCAGGCGGCGGUAGCUCCAAUAGCAGCGGCGACGCUCUGGUGACCCGCAUCUCCAGCCUGCUCCGAGACCUGCCCACCCUGAAGGCGGCCGUGAUCGUGGCGUGCGCCUUCACUGCCUUCCUCAUCGCCUGCCUGCUGCUCCGCGUCUUCAGGUCAGGGAAGAGGUUGAAGAAGACCCGCAAGUAUGACAUCAUCACCACUCCAGCUGAGCGCGUGGAGAUGGCCCCACUCAAUGAAGAGGAGGAUGAGGAUGAGGACUCCACGGUAUUUGACAUCAAAUACAGGUAAAACCUGUUUUCCAGCCUGUCGGCCUCCUGCGGAAAGUUGAUCGGCUGCAGCCUGAGUGUGAGGGCUCUGGAAGCCGUCUUUCCUCCGAGGUGUUGCAACCAAGACAAACAUUAUUUAUGAAACUCUGGCACGUUUGUGUGUGUCGCGCCUGCUCAGAAUGUCACCGCAGGAGAAAUCACCUCUACCACCCUCUGGACGCCCCUUUAAAAUGUCACCCCUUCUUCCUCCUCAAGAGGGCAAAGGGUAGAAAUGUGUUGACUUAAAAAUACUAAUUUGAAAGCAACUGUUGACAAAAGUAAAAGUGAUCAGAAGUUAUCAAGAACCGCUCCCCCAAAAAUCUACAGGAUAUCCAUGUGUGCAUUUAGGAUUUCUGACACCCUGCUCUCCCGGAUCUAUGACAUUCUAGAUGUCUAAACCUCUGGUGAUCUUUUGGGCUUGGUCAGGUUCUGGCCUUAUGUUGGGAAUGACUGUGUGAAAGUUCAAAGUGGAAGUGCAUAGGGCUGGUCAGCCCACAGCAGAAGCAUACAUGUUUGUGGCACCUUCCCUUACCUCACCUUCCCUUCUUUCUUCUUUUCCUGUUUGAAGGGUUCAGCAGAAUUAAGCAUAGCUAGUUCACAAAGAGUUUUGAAUAUCAGGACUGUAUUUGAAGUUGGUCUCGGCCAGGCUGGACUAGGAGCCCACCGAGCUCAGGAGGUAGCACGGGUGUGGGUCAGGGGUUCGGGUGGCUUCUGGAAGCGAGGACUUGGGUUGACUUCUCAGGUUGAUAGAGGCUCCCGUUGCGCUGUUUCCCUGGGGUCAAUGCUUCUGCUAAAGUGGACUGGCAGUGCCUUUGGGGCCCUGGGACUCUGUUCUCUCUGGAAAGGUGUUUUGUACUUUUUUUAUCUCCUCUUUUCUCUUCUGGCUCUCUGCAAGGUUUGUGUAUUUGCCUGUUAAUUGCACCAUUGCUUUGGAUAAAAACUCUAGCCUUUCCCUGCUCACCCCCUUUUCAGAUUCUUCAGUCUCCUGAGAAGGGGCUGCCAGAGCCGCAGGGUCCCCUGGUUCCCAACCCCCCUGGGCACAGUGCUCCGCAGCUCUCGCCUGUAAGGACCAUAUGUUGGCCUCUGCAGGAAACAGGGGACCCUUGGGGAGACCGUUAUGAGAAGAGUGCUUGCUGCAUGGAACCCCCAUGGCAUGCCUGCUCCCCUCUGAUGUCACUUCCUGUGUUGACGUUCCUUUUCCUUUUCUCUGCUGUUUGCCAGAGGGCAGGCCUGCUUUGCCUCUUCCCUCCGCAGUGUCCUCCUGGGUCAGACUGGUGACUCCGAGGGACCGGCCACAGAGAAGCUGUGUGCCCCCUGAACCUUUGAACUGGGACUGCAGCUCACACUUGCCUUUUCGACAACUGUCAGGGAAUGAAUGAUCAGCGGGAAAGCUGGGUCCCUCUGCCUUCCUCCCAAACACCGGCUCCGGCUGCCAGGUGCUCAUCGCCAGGCCUGGCAGAAGCAGUGGAGAAUGACCUUCCAAGUUAUGGAGCUCCAGCACUGUAGGCUCUUAAAUAAAACAAAGAAACAAACAAACAAACAAUAACAACAAUAGCAACAACAACAAACAAACCCUUGGGUGUGAACCACGUGUGUACUGGCUUGGAUGUUUUUGAGAUGGAGGCCAGCAAGGUGACUUUGAUGAUCAGGGAUGAGGACACAAGGCUGGAGUGGGAGGAGGUGGGGCCCCGUGGGAGGUGCCUGGACCUGGUGGUUUAGAAAAAAAACAAACAGAAAUAAAAUGACCCUUGCGGGAGAAGGGGGGCAAGCUAUUAUUUCAUAUAUAUUCUUAGGCCCACCUAAUCAUUUCUUGAGAACUGCCUCUUUGGUUAGCAAAUACGGAACCCUCAUCGUUUUUGGGGAGUCUCAGGGUAUCUCCAAAAAUAGGUAACUAGUUGUGUC